AUGAAAAAAUGCAGCAGCAGCAGCAGCAGCAGCAGCCCCACACGUAACAGGACCAGCAUUCGCAAGCCCCGCAACAAGAGGGCGAACAGCAGCAGCAGCAGCUCCAGGAGCAGCAGCAGCAGCAGCAGCAGUGAUAGUAGCCCGGAAAGCGGCAGCAGGAGCAGCACGAGGCGAAGCUGCGUGCGCGGGGGGAGACGGAUGCCCGCAGCAGCAGCUGCUGCCUCUACUGUUGCUACUGCUGCUGCUGCAGGUGCCGCAAGGAGACCCCGUUGUAUAUUAAGUUCUUUUAGCAGCGCAGACACUGCUUCUGCUGCUGCUGCUGUAGACAACUUUGAGUUCUUCUUUUUUCAGCCCUUAGCCGCAGCAGCAAAGGCAGUUGUUGCUGCUGCUGCUGCUGUUGCUCCUGCGGCUGCAACGCAUCUUGCAGCAGCAGCAGCAGCACCAUUCCUCUCCGACUGCAUGCACCAACGAGCAGCAGCAGCAGAAACAGCAGUAGCAGCAGAACUUCGAGAGGCCGUUGCUGCGCUGCCCUUGGCCGAGGCCCUGGAAGUGUGCUCUGCAAAUGCAGCAGCAGCAACAGCAGAAACAGCAGCAACAGCAGCAGCAGCAGAAGGUGCAGCAGAAGCAGUAUAUGAUGAUAAUUGCCGCCCUCUAGAGCGCCUAGCAGACGUGUUGCUGCUGCUUGCUGCAGCGGACAGCAACACGCAGCGCGAGGGCUGGAACCAUGUGCGGGAGGCAGUAGCAGCAGCAGCAGAAGCAGCAGCAACUGCUGCUGCUCUGGAGGGAUAUGACGCUGCUGCACCCCCUGGGGCUUGGCGAGUUGUCUCUGCUGCUCUUUGUCUCUGCAUGCAGCGCUCAGGCCGCCAGGCGUUAUGUGCAGCAAUCGCCUACCUGCGUUUCUUAGGGCUGCAGGUGAAUGAUAUGCAGGAGCUGCAGCAGCCGCAGCUCGAUGGAAAAACGCUGCAGCUGGUGCUGCAGCAGCUGCAGCAGAAGCAGCAGCAGCAGCUGCAGGAGGCCAGGGCCGCUCCUUGGCAGCUGCAGCGACAGCUGCAAGAGCAGCAGCAGCAGCAGCAGCAGCAACAACACCAGGAGCAGCACACGCACAUGCAGCAGCAACGCUCGAGGCUAGCUAACUGGCUGCAGCAGCAAGAGGUCCCCUCGCUGACUGCCAUUCUGUCGCUGCAGCUGGGGCUGCUGCUGCAGCAGCUGCAGCAGCAAAGCUUAUCAUGCUGCAGCAACAGAGAGGCACUGCGGUUGCUGCUCCGAGGGGGGAUGGACCUGCUAAGCAAGACUCAGGCUUUCCCUAGGCAGGUGCUGCUGCUGCUGCCGUUGGUGUUGCUGCUCCGCGUAAAGGAAUUACGCACGAUGCAUCUGCAGCAGCAGCAGCAACAGCAGCAACGGCAACAGCAGAAGGAGCAGCGGCAGCUACGAGAUGCAGACGAGCUCAGCGAUAUACGAUCGGUAGAGGAGGAGCAGCAGGAUCAGCAGCAACAGCAGCAGCAACAGCAGCAGCAGCAGCAGCAGAUAUUUUACUUGCUUCCCCUGUACGAAGGAGGACCGCAUGUGGAUUGCCUUGCUGCAGCAGCAAGCGAUCUGUUGCUGGCAGUGCUGCCCCGGCUGCUGCAGGAGCAUCAGCAGCAGCAGCUUGACGUUGGCGCAGCAGCAGACGAAACAGCAGCAGGCGGCGCUGCAGCAGCUGGGGGUGGCAGUGAACAGAGACAGCAGCAGCAGCAGCAGCAACAGCAGAUUGUCGCCUGCAUUUUGCAGGCUGUCAGCUGCUGUGGGGAGCUGCUGCUGCCGGAGUUGCUGCUGCACCCUGUGCUGCUGCUGCAGGCCCGCUCGAAGGACCUCCAGCAGAUGAGAAAAGCAGCAGCAUCAGCUGCUGCUGCUGUUGUUGACGAAGAAGCAGGAGAAGGCAUUAACGCUGCAGAGAAUGCCGCAGCAGCAGCAGCUGUUGCUGCGGCUGAGCCUACUGCAGCAGAAGCAGCAUGCCUCUCGGAACUGCAGCAGCAGCGGCAGCUCUCUGCUGAUCCGCUUAUUGCCUUCCUUGCAAGCUUCUGUUUUGCGUGUCUCCCCAGCAGCACAGCAGCAGCAGCAGCAGCAGCAGCAACCUGCGUGGUCAUCUUAAGAUGCUGCACUGUGCAGGAAGAGCUGCAGCUGCAGCUGCAGCAACGGGAAGACAGCAGAGGGCUGCUGCACCAUCUUGAACAGCAGCAGCAGCAAGAGCAACAGCAGCAGCAGGAGCAACAGCAGCAGCAGCAAGAGCAACAGCAGCAGCAGCAACUACAACCGGAGCACCAGCAACAGCAACAGCAGCAGCAGCAACAGCAGCAGGAGCAACAGCAGCAGCAGCAGCAGCAGCAACAGCAGCAGCAGCAGCAGCAGCAGCGGCGACAGGGGGUGCUUGAACGCUUCUUGCGCCUUGUGCUUAUUCCUCUGCUGCAUGGAUCUCGUCUGGCGCAUCGGCUGCUGGGUGUGGAGCUGCUGCAGCAGCUGCUGCACUCGCCUGCUGGAAGCAGCAGCAGCAACAACAACAGCAGCAGCAGCACCAGCAGCAGCAGCAGGCGGAACGUACGGGACGGCAGCAAGAUAGCUGAGACGAAAGGCGCGCUGCUGCUGGGGCAUCUCCUCGAGGGGAGAGAAGAGCUGCUGCUGCUGCAGCAGCUGCUGUUGCCUUUUGCUGCAGCACUCGGAGACCGGCAGCCGCUCAUCAGGGCCAAGGCUAUUGAGGCGCUUCCAUCUGUAUGCGACGUGCUGCUGCUUGCUGCAGCAGACUCCUCAGCAGCAGGAGCAGCAGCAGCAGCAGCAGAAGGUUCUGAAGAAAAGAGACAAAGGAUGCAGCAGCAGCAGCAGCAGUACCAGCUGCUGCUGCUGCUGCUGCGACCCUCUGUCUUCGAGGCACUUAGGGGGAGCUGCUUAGAGCACAGCAAGACAGUGGUGAGGCGAGCUGCGUUACUGGCGCUGCAGCAUCUGCUGCCGCUGCUGCUGCAGCAUCUCCCGCUGCUGCAGCAGCUGCAUGCCUGCGAUAUGCCCCUUAUGGAGGGGGAGUCUCCUGAACUAGGGACUGAAGACGCACCAGCAGCAGCAGCAGCAGCAGCAGCAGCAGCAGCAAGGCCCAUUGGGGCUGCUGCAGGCGCUUCGGGUUGGGGUUUAUUUCAACUGUUGGGUUGGAGACAAAUUGCAGAGAGGUGCAGAGACAGUUCAGUGAUCGUAAGGAGACAGGCUGUGGCAGCGCUGCACGUCUUCACUACCACGGCUCUACAUAAACUGCUGCAGCAGCAGCAGCAACAGCAGCAACAGCAGGAGGGGGGGGUGCAGCAGCAGCUGCAACAGCAGGGAGAACAGCACACAGAACAGCCAUCGGACCAGCAAGACAGACAGCACGACGAGCAGCAACAACAGAUUGUGCAGGCACAGCAAACUGUUGCAGGUGCUCCUGCUGCUGCUGCUGCUGCUUCUCUAACAAGCAGCAUUUGCUGCGCGUGGAGAGAUUUCGUGUUGCAUGCGGCAGCAGCAGCGGAUGAGGAGCCAAUGGUAAGGGAGAAGGCCCUCGAAGUAGCGCAGCAGGUGCUGCAGGGGGAAAGCAGCAGAAGCAGCAGCAGCAACAGCAGCGCAGCAGCAGGAGCUGCAGCAACAGAGGCUGCAGCAGAUCUGCUGAUUGCCGGCUCUACCGAUGAACACCUGGAAACCCUGAGGCAUUUUUAUUACUCCUGCUGCAGCAAGAGGGGAGGAAUGCCAGAAGAGCGGCUCGUCCAGUGUAUGCGCAGCGUAGCAGCCCCAGGUGUUGCAGUCAGGAGACUCCUUGAGCUUCAGGGAUAUUUUGACUGGGCCAAUUCGCCUGCUGGAAGCCUCAGCAACUCCACAAAUAGCAGCAACAGCAGCAGCAACAGCAGCGGCAACAGCAACAACAGCAGCAGCAACAGCAGCAGCAGCAGACGGAAAACGGAGGCUGCCGAAGCAGCCUUUGCCGCCUGGCGCCGUGUCGCUGCGGCCGUGCUGCAGCAGCAGCAGGAGGCGCAGCAGGGACCUCAGAAUUCUCAAGCGCAGCAUCAGCAGCAUCAACAGGAGGAGGAGCAGCAAGAGCUGCAGCAGCAGCAGCAGCAGCAGCAGGAGGAGGAGGACGAGCUGUUUGGGGCCAAGUCCUUGCUGCUGCUAGACCUUGUUGCUUCUGCUGCGGCGUUCGCCUCUUUCUCUACUCGCAGUGCUGCUGCUGCAGAGCUGCUGCUGCUGCUGUCGCAGCAGCUGCUGCCUGUAGACUUUGUUGCCCCUGCUGUUCGUAGCCUUUUUGCCGUCUCUAAAGGCCUUAUCUACCUGCCGGACACGGCUGCCUUCGUCUCCCCACAGCAGCAGCAGCAGCAGCAGCAAGAGCAGCUGCAGCAGCAGCAGCAGCAGCAGGGCCUGGGAAGCAGCUGGACCCAGGUGCUGCUGCAGCGGACGAGGGAAGGCCUCCAGCGAACGCUCAAAGAUAUGAUAUGCCGUGCGACGGUGUCUCUGCAGCUCCAGGCUGCAGCACCAACACAGCCAGCAACAGCAGCAGCACUGCCAGCAGCAGCAGCACUGACAGAAGCAGCAGCACUGCCAGCAGCAGCACUGCCAGCAGCAGCAUAUGAACUAGCAAGGCCACAAGAGGACUCUGCAGCAGCAGCAGUAACAGUAACAGCAGCAGCAGCACAAGAGUCAACAGCAAAUAAACAGCAGCGGCUGGUGCUUCUUCCUGACGAUGAAGGGCUUUGUAGGUAUUUGGCGCUCGCUGGGGAGUUGGCGUUGAUGGGUUUGCUGCGGCUGGAAGAAGAUGUAGCAAAAGUCGUGCAGGCCCUUGUCCUUAACAAGCUUCCCUCAGCCAUUCAGAGAGUCGCUGUUUCUGCUUUGUCACAACAGCAGCAGCAGCUGCAGCAGCAGCAGCAGCAAGAAGGCAUCGAGGAUCCAGGGCUUCUUUCCAUUGCAGCUUGCAGCACAGCAACAGCUGCUUCUUCUUGGUGUGAGGCCUCUUCGUCUCCUAGGAACGAACUGCUGAACAACAGCAACAACAGCUGCAGCAGCAGCAACAACAGCCCACGUAGCAGCAGCAGCAACAACAACAACAAUAACAAGGAGUCUCCUCAGGCUGCUGCUCUUGUUGCUUCCGCGCUGUCUCCUUUCCGUCCCCUGAGGACAGAAAGGAGACAAACUGAACCCCACAGCAAAAGGCGCAGGCUGUCUCCGACUCUGCAGCAGCAGCAGCAGCAGCAACAGCAGCAGCAGCAGCAGCUGUUCGAGCCUCUGCCCUUGCGCGUAAGGACCUUGGCUAUUCAUGUGCUAGGGAAGCUCGCAGUUGCUGCAGGAUCUGCUGGCAGCAGCACAGGCCAGCUUGGCUCUCACCGCAAACGAAAAGACACUGCUGCUGCUGCUGCUGCAGCAGGAAAAGGCAGCAAGACGCCGCCCCACAAGCAGCAACAGCUGCUGCAGCUAGCCGUAGAACUCGUCGCUGCGCAGCUAGAGCAGCAAGAACCUCCGAUGGUCCGCCUUAACGCCGUAGUGGUGCUGAGCGACGUGCUGCAGCGGCACGGGCAGCUGACUGACAAAGUGCUGCCGUUGAUUGUCUCUGCAAUUGUUUCAAAGGAGACAGAGACAGCUGCAAAUCAGCAGCAACCUGCAGCGCACGCCUUGGCAGCAACAGCAGCAGCCAGAAGCAGCAGCAGCAGCAACUGCAGCAGCAGCAGCAGCAGCAGCAGCAGCAGGAUGGCGCUGGCGCCGCUUAGGAAGAUGGCAUUGAUUUGUUUGUCACGCCUUCUGGCUGAGGAAUACGUACGCUGCAAAGGAGAAGCUGUUUUGGGGAGACAGCACUGCCCUGUCUCUUCAUCGAUGUUAUGUGUGCUCUCAAUGGGGCUUGCGUACACCCCGCAUGCAAAGCAAAGCCCUCGGGCUAUUUAUUCGUUUGUCAUUAACUCCCUUUCUAUGCUGAGGAGACUGCAGCUGCAAAGGUUAUUGGUUAGUGGCGUGUUGGUGCCUUGGCUGGACGGCGACGCAGAGGGUCAUGAGGGCUUCAGCAGCAGCGCGAUUCUCAGCAGCAGCAGCAGCAGCAGCAGCAGCAAGCCGCUGCCUCUUCCUUCAUCUCGCCAGGAGCCGUUGGGGAUCAAGAUUGUGCGCACCCCGAAUGCAGCAGCAGCAGCAGCUGCUGCUGCAGCAGCAGAGGACGGUGGGGAUAACGGAGGGGAGGAGGAGACAGCCGCAGCGGGAGACAGAACAACUCGCGGCAGCAGCAGCAGCAAAGGCGCUGCUAGCCGCUCGCGGGGCCCCGCAGCUCAGAGAGCAGCAGAAGGAAAGGUAGAAGGUCUUGUUGCAGCGAUGCUAAAGAGGGUGCUGCAAGCAGAAGUGCUGCCGGUGCUGCGGUGUCUUGACGCCAUGCUGCGAGCUCAGCGGUCUCCUCUGCAGGAUGCCUGCAUGCGCGCAUUGUGCUGUCUCCUUCGUGACUUCAAGUGA